AUGCAAACACUUUCCUUUGAGUUCAGUCAAGUCCCAUCUCAGACACAGAAGGCUGACAUUCCUAAAGCUGACGUGGAAAUGUUUUUUCCGGGAUUACUUCCAGAUUUAAGUGAAAUAAUUUUUAAGGCCUACUUUGGAGACUUAUUUGAAAUACUUUGUAAGGCUGUCGUUGUAGGCUCAGGAGGUGUUGUGACUGUGGCCUUGACUCCUGCUCUUCUAGCCUCCAUAGGUUUCACCUCAGGUGGAAUACUAGCAGGCUCCAUUGCUGCCAAAAUUAUGUCAUUUCUUGCAAUUGCUAAUGGAGGAGGAAUUGCAGCAGGAAGUCUGUUUGCAUUCUUGCAGUCAUUUGCUGCAGCUGGUAUGUCUGCGGGGGUCACUGGAGCUGUGGUCACUGUUGGAGGAACAAUGGGAUGGCUGCUGUCAUCCAUUUGUGACCAAAAUGAAACCCACUAAAGAUUUACAGAACUGUAACUACAGAUAUGAUAAGAUUUACUUUAUCACUGCACUGUGAUAAAUCUGAUAACCUUAAUAAAAUUUUGUUUUCAUGUGUAUGCCACAUCCUCAAUUUAAACCAUCAGUCAAGAAGCGAGAAUAAUAUUGUUAUAAGGACAUGAAUAGUUUACUAAUGGUUUACACAGGACCCGUUUCAAUCUUGUCAUUAAGUAUUUCAAUAAGCCAAGAGGUUGUUUUAUAAAUGUGGAAGAUUGAGGCUGGGUUGUUUUCAGGAUGUUCCUUAGCUCUGAUGACCAUUUAAAUGAAUCUAAAAACUAUGAAGAUGAUGCUUCUGUGCUCUUGAAAUACUUUUAUGUUAUUAUACUGUCCAGUUGUAAACCAAAAUAAAAUGCAUGCAA